AUGGUGGCUACUAUUCUCUUGGGCGUGGGCCUCCUGGCCGUCUACCUUCUUGGUAGUGCUAUCUACUCCAUCACGCUCCACCCACUGGCCGAUGUGCCGGGUCCGAAGAUUUGUGCAAUCACUCGCAUCCCGUACUGGCUUGUCGCGCUUAGAGGUGAUGAUAUCGAGUGGAUGAAGAGUUUGCACGAGCAAUAUGGACCUGUCGUUCGUUUCGGCCCUACUGAUCUGAGCUACACGGCUGCUCAGGCUUGGGAUGAUGUUCAUGGACCCAAGGUGCAGGAGAAGGCUCAAGAAUUCUCUGUUCAGCCCGUCAACGGCGUACCUAGCAUUCUUACCACUAACACGGAGAACCACGCGCGAGUCCGUCGUCUGUUCUCGCCAGCCUUCUCAGAGCGUGCUCUUAGACAGCAAGAGCCUCUCUUCCGCAAAUACGUGGACCUCUUCAUGUACAAGAUCUCCGAAAUGGGCAAAGACGGAAAGGAGCCGGUAGAAAUGAUGCAGCUGCUCAACUUUACAACUUUCGACGUCAUGGCUGAGCUUUGCUUCGGACAGCCCCUUGGUCUGCUGGCGAAGAACGAGUUCAGUCCCUGGGUCAAGUCAAUCUUCGAGUCGCUGAAGAUGUUGCCCAUCGUGUCUAUCAUCAACUACUAUCCGAUCCUGAAUGCCAUCUUCACCAAGUUCGAGCCGAAGUCCGUCACCGAACAGCGAGUCACCCAUUGCAGACACUCAGAGGAGCGCGUCAACCAGCGUCUCGAGAGCGGCUCCACCCAGCCUGAUGUUUGGAACUUGGUUCUGGCCGCUAAGGAGGGCAAGGAGCUCACUAUCAAGGAGAUGCACUCAAAUGCGGAGCUUUUCAUGCUUGCUGGAUCCGAAACUACUGCCACCCUACUGAGCGGAUGCGUUUACACUCUUCUCGCCAACCCCGAUAAGAUGAAGACUCUCCUCGAAGAGAUCCGCGGCAACUUCUCCACUCUGGACGACCUGACGUUCGAGCGUCUUGCAGACCUGAAAUACCUGAACGCUGUUCUGAAAGAGUCUCUGCGCGUCUACCCUCCUGUCCCUAUCGGGAGCCCUCGAGUAGUCAUGCCUGGCGGCCAACAGAUCAUGGGCAAAUGGGUACCUGAGGGAGUUCGCAUCUCAGUUCACCACUGGUCCACAUAUCAGUCCGAGGCCAACUUUAGGAACGCCAAAACCUUUGCGCCUGAGAGAUGGCUCAAAACGGACCCAGCGUAUGCUGGGGAUGUUUUGGAUGCUCACAAGCCAUUCGGCUUUGGCCCGCGCGACUGCCUGGGACAGAACAUGGCCAUGCACGAGAUGAGACUCAUUUUGGCUACGUUGCUUUUCUCUUACGACCUCGAGCUCUGCGAGGAAAGCAAGGACUGGACUAACCAGAAGGCGUUUGCGCUGUGGAUCAAGAAGCCGUUGAUGGUUCGCGCGACGCCUGUGGACACGCAGACCAGAAUGAAGAUUUGA